GGGCUAGUUUUGUCCGCGACUGGAGGCGGCUUCUCUUCGGUUGAUUCUGUGAACAGGGAAGACUCUUGGCGGCGAGGCUGAGGCGAUGGAUGUCACCCAGCCCAAACAGGAGCAUCUCCUGGCUCUGAAAGGUCCUGUUUAUCUUCUGAUCUGCACAACACAAGGCAUAAGAUUCUUUUAAAUGAUAGCUAUUAGUGGCUGCUACUGACCAAGAAAAUUUUAAAGUAAGAACAUGUGGACUCUGAUUGUGCAAGCAUGGAUGUGAUCCUGCACUAUCGAUCAUGGCAAAAGGAUCCUGCAGCAUUGCAAAAAAUGGCAGAAGAGGCACUAAAGGAAUUUUCAGUUCGACAGCAACCAAGAUUCAUACCUUGGUUUCCAAAUGAUUUGUGCAACACUCCUUUCAAGCCUGGAAGAAAACCUCCAGUUAUUUCUGCUGAAGAAGUAGAAAAAAUAAAGCAACAUCUUGCAAUUGAAGAAAGUAUUUGCACCUCUCCAUGUUACGACUGCACAGAAGGGCUUAAGGAAUUUCAGGCUGUUACAAAAACUGUAUGGGGUUUACAAGCAGAGUAUGGAAAACCUGAUUUGAACAAUUUGAGAAAGCAAUUAGCAAAGGGCAGACAGAACCUGAGGAGAUCCUGGAGUGUUUCUCUUCCCAACUCUAAGCUUAAAGACCAGAUUCUUCCUUUAUCUAGAGAACUGCAAAGUACCUUACAAAAAUUGAAACUACAUGCAUUCUAUAGAGCACAGUGGAUAAUUGAACCUUCAACUUUUAAUAAUCAGACAUUAGAAGACAUUUGGAUAAAGCUCAACAGGAUGAUCAAACAUAGUGAACUGCCAUCUUGUAAUGCCAGAAUCCAGAGAUGUGAGAGCCAGAUUUCAAUUUUCUGUGAUAUGCUGUAUUGUGAAUAUGUUGCCAAUGCCAUUAGAGAAAGAUUAAACCUCAGGGGAAAAUUGAAUUUGUUUGUUCACAAAUAUGGUAUCAUACAUAGUUUGUCAUUUUAAUGAAGUAUAUAUUCUGAUUUAAAAACACAUGCCAGAAAAAUCCACAUUUUUAUCAAGAAUGAGAAGAAAUCUCACUGGCCUGUUUGGCUAUCUCAGAGCCAAGUCACAUCUAUGUAAAUACCCUUUGAUUAGAUUUUUAGAAACUAUAUGGAUGCUAUAUAAAUUGGUGACGUAAUGAAAGCAUUCUCUCAAGUGAACUGAUCUCCGUCAGACUGGAUUAUGCUUUGUUCUAAGCCCUCUGAAACUAUUUAAAUACUUCAGCGGAUGUCCUUUGAAAAAAUAAUGCCACGUGUCAGAAUAAUACAUUGAAAGAACUGAUAGUUUGCAUCUCAACCAUUAUGUCUUUUGCAAUUGAAAUUACUUGUCUAAAAUACUAAAUAAUAAAGAUGUUUUCUAUGUUUAGCAUGCA